GUACGGAUUCGUCCAGUACCCGCAAGGCUCCCAAUCCCCGAGGCAAGGGCAGACUGCAGGAAGUGAUUCCUGUCACAAACCAGUGUUUCUGGAGGACUGGCAGGGCUCUGGGAAGACUGAGCUGGAUCCUCGUGCCCUCCCUUCCUCCCCAGCGCUCUCGGGGUGGUUUCAGCAGCAGCCGCGCUCUGCAUGGAUUUCAUUGCUGGGGCCAUCGGAGGUGGCUUAAGCACAGCUGUGGGUUAUCCACUGGAUACAGUGAAGGUGAGAAUUCAGACUGAGAACCACUACAGAGGAUUUUGGCACUGUGUUCAAGAGACGUACAGGACAGAAAAGGUCCGGGGCUUUUACAAAGGGGUGACCGCCUCAGCCCUCGCUGUAUCAGUGGUUUCCUCAGUUUCCUUUGGCACAUACAAGAACUUCCUCGGCGCCCUCUGCAAGCUGCGCUACGGGGCUGCAGAUGCCAAGCCGUCCAAGCUGGAUGUUUCUCUGGCUGGAGCUGCUGCCGGCGCUGCCCGGGUUGUGCUGACAAACCCCAGUGAGGUGGCUAAAGUUCGGAUGCAGACUCAGAGGGACCCAUGCCCUUCCAGCACACAUCAGCCUGUUUCCAAGCCAAAGUACCAAGGGUCUCUACACUGUCUGAAGGUUAUCAUCAAGGAGGAAGGUUUUGGGGGACUCUACAAGGGCUGUUCUGCAUUACUCUGCAGGGAUUGCUCUGCUUCUGCAGUCUAUUUCCUUUCCUAUUCUGCUCUGUGCGACUGGCUCACACCAGAUGGGACAAAUAAACCAGGUUUCCUUGUUGUGCUGCUUUCUGGUGGUUUUGCUGGAGUUCUGGCCUGGGGAUUUGGUACUCCCAUGGAUGUCAUCAAAUCACGCAUGCAAAUAGAUGAAUCAGACCAGCACAAGUACAAGGGCCUGAUCCACUGUGUGAGGGAAAGUGUGAGAAAGGAGGGAGCAAAAGUGCUUUUCAAAGGACUGGGUUUAAACUGCAUUCGUGCCUUUCCCGUGAACAUGGUAGUGUUUGUAACAUAUGAAGGUGUACUGAGAUUUUCAGAUCAUUAUAUGAACAACAAAUAGCUUGUUCCACUCUGUCCAAAGUGUAUUUUAUUUAUUUAUUUUUUUGUAAGACAACAUCCACAAACAACUGUUGAAUUGGUGGACAGCACAAGAAGCAUGGACAUUUCAGCCCAAAGCUGACAAUUGAUGGCUUUGUUUUAUUCUUACAGGAUUAAAAACUCAUCAGGAAGCCUUGGCUUCAUACAAAACCUCCCUUUUAUCUCAUUAAGGUAUUUAGACUGUGGCUGCUGCUUAGGCCCUUGAAACAUUUGUGAAUUUUUAUGUCCUAAUAAUUUGUUUGUCUGAGCAGGGAUUUUGGUAAAUCAAGUAAUUUUUUUCUACUGGCACAGACACUGAUCCUCCCAACCAAAGGAAGAGCUGGAGGGAGUUUGUGUAAGAUUUAACACUCUCCAGCGUGUGCUCUUUACAUGCUAUGCCUGCACUGCACUCAGCGAGCGACUCUCACAUUUGUGCUCCAGGCUGCAACCUCCCCUUCCCAGCAGUAAUUUUCCCAAAGCACUCUCCAAUUAUAUUCCCUUGGCAGGAGCUGCAGCAGGAAUGUCCCUUCUUUUCCCUGCUGCUCUCUGUGAGUGGCAGCCAUGCUCUGUUUACAUAACCGUGCUAAUGGUCUGGCUGCAGAGCCAGGCAGGCUGUGGGAUUUUCUCCCUGAAAAUCCCUCACACAGCAUCAUCCCUCUCCCCAGGCCAUGGAGCAGCAGCUCUCCAUGGCACAGCCUCCCUUGGCACAGCUUUGGAGGCAGUCUGUUCUCAUCUUGGAGCGAGGGCAGGGAUGGAAGCAAAGCCUCUCUGCUUGGCAGAGGAAAGGCUGCCAUGAAACCCAUGCACUGGAGGGGUUGGGCAAGUUGGAAGAGAGCUGCAAAGUUGUAGAGCAUAAUCAAGAUUCCCAGCUUUUAAAAGUCUAUACUCUUCUCCCUUUAAAUGGUGCUUUUAGCAGCAGCUAAAUGUAUUUUGCCAAAGAUGUAUUUUGAAAGAAUUUCAGACUUUUCUGUUACUUCUUUCUCAUCUUCCUACUACUUAUUUUUCAUUACUUUUUCCUACUUUUUUCAUGAAAGACAGUUGAAAAACCAGUGCCUAUGCUAUUGCUUCAGAAGGAAAAUCCCUAAACCCAGAAAUGUUUGCUCAUUCUGCCUCACAGGCAAUAUAUAUGCUUCUGUUUUAAUCCCUGGAUGACAACACUUGAAGCAUUCUGGAUCCAACCUCUCAGAUUCUGCUAAAAAUGCAUUGAUUGCAUGGAUUGUAUUGACUGUAUUUUA